CAAGCGACGCAGUCAGUAGUGUGUCUGCUACAGUGAGAGACGACUCUAGGACCUGUGCGCGAUCAGUAACAAAAUGGCGUUUAACGGUGACGGUCCUUAUAACAAGCGUAUGCGCACAGAUGGUGAAUCUGUGGGGCAGAAGGACAGUGUAGACCAUUAUUCCGAAAAAGAUUAUUACAUCCCAGAUUAUGAUCUUCCUGAGUAUUAUGUGAGUAGCGGCCUCAUGAGCGACUCCUGUGAAGCACCAGGCGAUGGCGGCAAUAACGGACCCUAUGGCGGUGGAUUUAACGACUACGAUAACCAGCCCAGGAGAAGGAAAGGGGAACCGGAGUCGCCCAACCAUAUUCUCCUGAUGACCAUUCUCAACCCUGCCUACCCCAUCACAGUGGAUGUUGUACACACCAUAUGCCAGCCCUUCGGGAAUGUCCUUCGUAUUGUCAUCUUCAAGAAAAAUGGCGUCCAAGCAAUGGUUGAAUCCAACCAAAUUGAAUGUGUACAAGAAUGACGCAGAGAGUUGGGACUUCACCAAUCCUAACGUCGGUAUGAAGGAGCCUCAAAACAAUAGCGGUGGUGGUUCGUCCCGUCCUCCCUUGUUGGCAGAACCUCGAGGUUUCGGCAUGAGCCCAUCCCCCUUUAGAGGUGGUAUGAAUGGUCAGAUGGGAGGUCCACGAAGCUCUGGAGGACUUUUCAACAGCCCCAUGCCAGACAGUCGGUUUGGAAUGAAUCAUGGCAUGAGCAAUGGAGGUCUGCGCGGCGGCGGUCUCAUGGGAGGCGGUGGUGGUCCUGGCCAGGGAGGUCCUUUCAUGGGAGGCAGUGGAGGACCUGGAGGGUCAUCCCUGCAGGCCAUGGGACAGCCCCAGCCAGGUCUCCCACAGCAGGGUGCCGUCCUCAUGGUUUAUGGCCUCAACAAGGAUAAGAUGAAUGCUGACCGUAUCUUCAACCUUCUAUGCUUGUACGGAAACAUAGUUAGGAUCAAGUUCUUGAAGACUAAAGAAGGUUGUGCUAUGGUUCAAAUGGGAGAUGGUCUGGCUGUUGAACGAGCUGUAGCUAAUUUGAACAAUACCACAUUCUUCAACAGCAAGAUGCAACUUGGGUACUCGAAGCAGGCCUUCUUAGCUGAUGUUCAACAGCCUUAUGAACUUCCUGAUGGUACCCCUUCAUUUAAGGACUACAUGGGAAACAAGAAUAAUAGAUUCAUUAACCCAGAGAUGGCAUCAAAGAAUAGGAUACAGCCACCUUCUAAGAUUCUUCACUUCUUCAACACUCCUCCUGGAUUAACUGAAGAGCAAUUAAAUAAAGUGUUCCAGGAGAAUGAUAUAACCGAACCCAAGAGUAUCAAGCUUUUCCCAUCAAAGACGGAGAGAAGCUCUUCUGGUCUGUUAGAGUUCAAUAAUAUAUCAGAAGCUUUGGAGGCAUUGGUAAUUGCUAAUCAUGCACCAAUUCCAAACCCCAGUAGCAAGUUCCCCUUCAUCAUGAAGCUUUGUUUCUCAUCAUCAAGACACAUCCCAAAGAUGGCAUCAGAAUCUAUGAAGAUGGAUUGAAGACCUAACUAAUAGUAAAGCAGCAGCAGCAGCCAUGGCCCUUUGUGUACCUUGGCUACUCAGCUUCAUUGCUGCUUUUGUGACCUCCAGGGUACAACACCAGGGUUGUUGGCAGCCGGGCAGAGGGUAAAGGAGCUGUUAGCAUCCUAAGAGGUUGUUUACAUUCAAAACAGAUUGUUAGCAACUGUAACAAAAACAAAAAAAAGAUGUGGGUUAAAUUCAGAUUAGGGUGUUAACAGCUCCUGAACAAUUGUUGACAGCUGGGUAUUUAAAAGUCAGUGGGAGUUCAGUUAAAACUGGAAUUGACAGCAGCCAGGCAAGUCUACUGACAAAUGUUUGGUCAUGUAUCGGUUGUCAGUUGUUAGGACGAUAUUGCUACCCACCCGCCAACAACAGUCGGGGGGCCUAGUGUUUCUCUUUUCCUUGCUGGACCCCUCAGGGACUUCUUUUCACUGGCUUCAUCAUCAUCAUCAUCAUCAUAGAAAUGAAGGAAACCAUAUCAGGAAGCUUAUUUUUCCCCAUAUACUUAAAAGUGAGUGUGUUUUCUUUGAAAGAAUAUAAUUUUCAGUGUACGUACUAUGAUAUCAAACAGACUUUCUGAUAGAGACAAGUUGAUACUGUUUUAUUUUUUGUAUUUUUGUUUUGCAGUACAGUGCAGUAUGUGUAUAGGAUCCUUAUCUAGAGAAUAACCCUUUCUAUGUUGUCAGAUGCUAAAAGUUGACUGUAAUUAGUGUUAAUAUGCACACUGUCUUUUGAAAAUAUGCAGUUAAUCCCCCCAUUUUUUUUAAUAAAGUGUAAGUGAAGAUUUGUAUGUGUGAUGUUUUCCUGAGGAGCCCAGCAUAUGUCAUAAAUAGGCUAAGUACAGUAUAAACCCUCCCUGAGUUGGAAGCUGGGCAGCAUUCUGCUGUCCGUCCUGCGCUCUCUUUAUAUGACACUUAUUCAGAAUCAUAUUAUUCAAGGCUAAACUUGGUAAGCUUCAUCAAAGUUGUUUAAAUUCAUGUGAUCAUAAACCAGGAACCUUGUUACAGAGUUUGUUUGUUGUUUUUGUUUUUUUUUGUCAGUGAAGAAGGAAAAUAAAAUGAGUAUGAUGCUUGCCUUGUUUGACCCCAAGUGCUCAUUCAGUGGAAUGUACAAUAGUGUUAUGUUUCUAAAAUUAUUCCAAGAUUAGGCACAAUUAUUACUACAAAUUGUUUAUUAUUCAUGAAUGGAAAAAUUUGGUAAUUUUUUGGGAUGCAGAUCCACUUAUUGGUAUUUUUAAGUAUAGGUCACCAGUAUCUUCUUAUAACCUGGAUCUUACCUGAUAUUAUGGACAUGUGUGUUACUAUCAUGUAGUUUCAUAGAAGUAACUUCUCUUUGUUGCAAUAAUAUUAGUCAGAGGAUCUGCCAUUCAGGCCUAGCACUUCAAGUUUAAGGCUGGUCCUGUCUUUUUUGAUUGGAAUGACAAGCUGUAUUAGAAUUGCAUAUUCUAGGUUUAGCAGUGGCUGAUCUUUUGACAAUAGUCUUACACUGAUAAUGACCCAUGUAAAUUAGUAGGAGGCAAUGUUAGUGGCAACAAGGAUAUACAUUGUUGGUAAAUGUAGCUGUAAAUUGGUGAGCUUUGACAACAGGGCAGAUGGUGUUCUCUAACAACGCCUAUGAUGAAUCUGUUCCAGCUUACACUGCCCCAGUGUCAGAGCCUAAGUGUUUUAGAAUAGCAUUUUAAUGCUUUUUCCAAUUUCAAUUUGUUUCUUAGUUCAUUUUAUGUUAUUUUUUAAGUAGGUGGUAAAAUGGUGUCUUUUAUUCUUAGUUUGACUCUUUGAGGUAACGUUAGCGUGCUGUAGCUAAUGAUUGCAGCAGCAUCAACAGCUGGCAAGACAGAGCUUUCUUUGUCUGGCCUUUGAUCAUACUCCUGUUUUGUGCCACACUUUGUUUUGCCUCUAACAGUAAUUCAAUAAAGUUUGAGUGACCAAAUUAAAAACAUGCAGACAAGAAGUUCAAGCAAAGAUUUAAGGUGUUUAUUGCAGACUUUUGCUAACGGGUAAAUAACAUUUCUUUUUGUCAGCUCUCUAGAGAAAAGAAAAAUAAACGAUUAAAGUAAUCCUAGUCAACAACACAAAGUACUUAAUCUAGGCUUUAAAGAAUGCAAUCUUACUAAUUUUUAAGAUACAUUCACUGAUAGCAGAAAACAUGACAUUACACGAGACUUUUCUUGAACUUCCCAUCUACAGACAUGGCUUUCACUCACACACCCUCCACCCGCAACCAGAGAAACAAGACUACAAAAACCAGUAAAACUACAUUGAGCAAAAACACUGAGGACUACUACUACUACUACUACUAUUAUUACUACUACUACUAUGACUACUAUUCCUACAGCAUGUUCUAAACAAACCCAGCUUUUUUUCUCGUUCAGUGGGGAUAAUAAUGGACAAUGGAGAAUUUCACUCGGCAGGGUUGAAUUAUUAGAAGUAUUUAUUUUUAUUCGUGUGUAUUUGCCGAUAAUAUUUGGAAGCUAUAAUUAUUAUUUAUAAUGUUGUACAUAAUUUGACAAAUUAAAGCAGCUUUCUAUUAUGAUGAAGUUGUGAAUAUUAGAUUAUUUGAUAUUAUUCACAUUCAGGCUUCAUCAGCAUUAUAUGUUUGUGCUGCAAAUGUGCAUAUUUCAUGUUCCCCUUUGUGCAUCUUCACUGCAUAUCUUGGCAAGUCGGGUGUAUUCAGUAUUAUAUACUGUGUGAUUGUUGUGGGGUCCCCAAUUCUUAAAAAUAUUGAUGUUCUCAUUCAGGAGAGCUUUUUGGUAGGAGUAAAUUUAUGGGAUAUUUCAGUAGCUUUAUUUUAACAAGAAGUACAUACAUACCUCCUAUGAGUAUUCAGUUCCAUUCACUGGUAACAUUUUCUCCAAGUAUAGAAAGGGGUUUUCAUUGCGAUUAAAUUGAUAGAACAAAGUAAUAGGUUGAUCAAAAGGAAUUCAAACUUGUUUAUCCUUACAUAGUUAUGAGAAUGUAUUCGUUUUCAUAUGAAGUAAGUAAAUAGUAUUAGUAUUAAUGUUGGGUUCUAUUUUUAGAUAACAUUCAGUACAGGGGGCCCAAUGUGUUUGGUACCUGUAGAUGGCUUUUCAGAACUCUGGUAUUUUUCUUCAUCGUAAUUGAACCAGGUAGGUUCUUAUCCCAUAUGACAUUUAGAUUAGAUAAUCAGUACAAUGUCUUUAUUUUAAUACUAGUUUUGAAGUUCAACCUGUAGUUUUAUUAAUUCAAAUGGAGGAUAAUCAAAGUUAAUUGAAGGAAGUGCAAGAGUAUUUAAUUGUAAAUUACCUUUUAUCACAUACUUGGCUUGAAAUAGGAACAAUUAACAGCACAAGCACAGUACAUGUAUUCUAUACUACUUACAAAACAAAUAAAAAAUAGAAGUUACAUCUCAAUUCUUUAAAAACAAAGAAGCCAUGAUUGACACCGAUAUUUGUAAGAACACUCACUCUACAUACAAAAAGUGAAUAACUAGCUUUUUUCCCAGUUUUAUUUAUUUUAUUUAUUUUUUCUGAGUUUUGCUGAACUACUACUGAGCCUCCUCCCAAGAUAUUUUUAUUAAUAUUUUAUUAUUGUUAUUACUAUUAUUAUUAUUCAAGUUCAAAGUCAUCUUGGUACAAAGCACGAUUGUACCGAGUCAAGUAAGCCUGCCAAAUAUGAUGUAGACUUUUUCUUCUGUAGGGUGCACUGCUUACUAUUGCAUAUAUCACAGUCAGAAUGGCAAUGAUCUCAGAAUAACAAAUUUUAAUUUUUUUAAUAAAAAAAGAAAAUGAGCUUUAGCUUUUUCCUUUUAAGGAUAAAAAUCUUUUUUGGCUCUGAAUGUCUCCGACAUAUAAAGGAGGAUUUUGUUUUAGAUCAUUAGCCCACUGAGGUGAUAUAAAUCUCUGGCCAAAGAUCAGCAGGAUUUGCUUAAAACGGAUGAGCAGUUUCUUGUGUAGUUGUUGCUUAUCAUUGACCACUUAAGAUUUCACUGAUGUUUUGAGUGCUUCCUGUUAUUGCUGGGAGGGAUUGAGUAGUGGUGUGCCCUCUUUCCUCCGUGCCAAGCGUGGUUGUGUCUGAGGCCGCGUGAGUGAGGCGACGUAACUGCUGUAUAGGUCACGUCUACCUUGGUGUAGGUAUCCUUUUGUGAGCUUCCAGGGAGGCUGUCCUCGCCCCCUUUCCCCUAAAAAGUCCUCUUGGUGGUUUUCUUGACCCCCAAGACUCAGCUCAUAAGCAAUACUUGACCUGAUACUCAGGUUAUGAUGGAUCCCUCCCUGGUGUGCCCACCUGGACUACUAGGCUGUUUAAAUGGUUUUAUCUUUGAAAAUAAGUCGUUAAAAUGUCGUUGCAAAAUGUGCUUAAGUAGAGAAUGUUUAUUACUUUUAUUGAAAUCGUCCCAAUAGAGUGAAUCACUUGAUGCAUAUCAUAGCACUAAGGAUUACUGUGCCAUGUGCCAGUACCAUUGGGACUGUGCUGAACUUACUGCCAACUGGCACAGCAUACGCACUGACCUCUAUAAAGUGACCAACAUUUGAUUGUAUAUUAUCCUGGAUAAUGCUCACUCACGUAAUGUGGCCAAAUAUUACAGCUGCUUUACUUGGACGUCUUACAUGGGGGAGCACUAUCAGGUUUGUAUUAUUGGAUGAGUGUUGACUUGGCUUCAGUGAAGUUGCUGUGCCGUGGUCAGUCUGGCCACCCAGUCCAGAUACCUGGUUUAGUCGCCGGCAAGUUCGGGCAGACCUUACGUCCAGUCCUGGCUGACCUUCUUGGUGGGUGGCAGUGAUAGCAGUAUCAGCCCACAGGAUCCCCUUACACCAUCCCUUGUUCCAGGAUUGCGGAGUUAUUUUAAAAGCAUAACAAACAUGAUAUAAUUUCCUUUAAUCCAUAUGUUGUUUGUAAGAAUUUUAAGGAAUAAAAUGAAUAAUACUUUAGUAUAAAAAGAGA